UUGCCUUUGGUGAUCAUGAACAGUGCCGUUAACAGUGGGUCCAGGUGUUUGCAUGGACGUUUGCUUUCAUUUCUCUUGGGUAGUUGCCUCGGAGUGACCUGGAGCAUCACCCAGUCCCUCUGUGGUCAACUGAGGAACUGCCAGACUCUUCCCAAGGCAGCUGGACCAUUCUGUGUGCCUGCCAGUGUAGCCGAGGGAGCCUCUGAGUCUCCUCCAGGCUGCUCAUGCCCUUACCCUUGCCCCUGUGCCCUACAGGUGAAUGUGGGAGCUGGCAGCCACCCCAACAAGGUCAAAGUAUAUGGCCCCGGAGUGGCCAAGACAGGGCUCAAGGCCCACGAGCCCACCUACUUCACUGUGGACUGCGCCGAGGCUGGCCAGGGGGAUGUCAGCAUCGGUAUCAAGUGUGCCCCUGGAGUGGUAGGUCCCGCUGAAGCUGACAUCGACUUCGACAUCAUCCGCAACGACAAUGACACCUUCACGGUCAAGUACACGCCCCGGGGGGCUGGCAGCUACACCAUUAUGGUCCUCUUUGCUGACCAGGCCACGCCCACCAGCCCCAUCCGAGUCAAGGUGGAGCCCUCUCAUGACGCCAGUAAGGUGAAGGCUGAGGGCCCUGGCCUCAGUCGCACUGGUGUCGAGCUUGGCAAGCCCACCCACUUCACAGUCAACGCGAAAGCCGCUGGCAAAGGCAAGCUGGAUGUCCAGUUCUCAGGACUCACCAAGGGGGAUGCAGUGCGAGACGUGGACAUCAUCGACCACCAUGACAACACCUACACAGUCAAGUACACGCCUGUGCAGCAGGGUCCAGUCGGCGUCAAUGUCACCUACGGAGGGGAUCCCAUCCCGAAGAGCCCGUUCUCGGUGGCGGUAUCUCCAAGCCUGGACCUCAGCAAGAUCAAGGUGUCUGGCCUGGGAGAGAGUAAGUAGUUGGGGCCCUUGUCGCAAAGGCC